AUGCCUCGAAAAAGCUCGCAUACAGACGAAAGUCUUGGAGACCUCUCCAAGCAACGUGCCAGCAAAGCUUGCAAUCGCUGUCGAGCGAAGAAAGCAAAAUGCUCAGGCGGAUACCCUUGCUCGAAAUGCAAAUCUUCAGACGCUGUAUGCAUUUUUGGCUACGCCAGAAAGUCGAAACGCAAAACUUUCCCUGAGCAUUAUGUGCGGGCUCUAGAGAUGCAGCAGUUCAAGCUUGUGGCUGGACUUCAAACCAUGUACUUCAUGCUUUUGGCUGCAAACUCAUGGCCAGGUCCUCAGCUCGCCAAACGCGAAGGUAAUCCGCUUACUCACGACAUCCUUGAAAGUCUUGGCCUUCUUGAGUCUGAUCAGGAUGAGGACUUGGAACCGGACAUGGACGAU